AUGUCUCAAGCGGUGCUGAUGAGAGAGUACAAAGAGCUCUCGAAACAGAAAUGGGUCUCGGUCGAGCUGCACGAAGACAACGUCUACUUGUGGGAUCUCGCCCUCAUGGUUACCAACCCUGACUCGUACUACUACGGAGGGUACUUCAAAGCCCAAAUGACGUUUCCCAAAGAUUACCCUUACAAGCCGCCGGAUUUCCGCUUUACACGACCCCUGUGGCACCCCAACAUCUACCCGGAUGGUCGUCUUUGCAUCUCCAUCCUGCACGCUCCCGGCGAGGACAUCAUGUCCGGCGAGGAGGCUGGCGAACGUUGGUCCCCCGCUCAACGCGCUGAGACCGUACUGCUCUCUAUCCUCUCCCUGCUCGAUGAUGCAGAGGUAUCCUCUCCAGCCAACGUUGAUGCUAGCGUGCAGUUCAGAGACCACAAGGACGACUUCAAAGACCGUGUGAGAAAGGAUGUUGAGGCCUCGAAAAAGGAUGUUCCCGAGGCGUUCGAGAUGCCCACCCAUGAAUCCACCAAGCCUCCCAUCGAAGAGAAAGUCGACGAUGACUUUUGGGUUGAUUCUGAUGCCGAAGAGUUGGAUCUCGACGACGACUUCGACUUCGACGAUGAUGCCGCCAACGGCAGCGAAUCGGACGAGGCUCUCAACAACGAUUCCGAGGAUGAUGAUGAUUUCGACGAUGACAACAACACAGACACCAUUGAUACGAAUGCUGGAAACGCGUCCGCUAAGAGCAAAGGCAAAUCUAGAGAAGAAGACGAUGCCGAGAUGACCGACGUCGAGUGA